UGUGUGUGUAUGUGUGUUGGUGAAUGUGAGUACGGGGAAGUCGCGGCCGCCAUUUCAGAGAGCUUGCCGACGCUGCCGCAGGGGUGGAUCCUCCGCUGCCGAAGCCGCCGUCCUGAACUCCCGCGCGGGCUUCUCUAAUCCCAUUGUUUCUUUUAGAUUCGCUUGGGCCUAUCCGCACUCGGAGCUCGAAAUUCGGGCUGGGGGGUACUGCGGCCUGGGCCUAGCGGCUUAACAGUAGCAACAGCGGCGGCAGUAGCAACCCCCCUUAUUCCGAAUACGAGCACCGCAGGGGCCCCGAAAGCCCGCACAGGCGUUCAGAGAAAAUGGCAGACGAUAUUGAUAUUGAAGCAAUGCUUGAGGCUCCUUACAAGAAGGAUGAGAACAAGUUGAGCAGUGCCAACGGCCAUGAAGAACGUAGCAAAAAGAGGAAAAAAAGCAAGAGCAGAAGUCGUAGUCAUGAACGAAAAAGAAGCAAAAGUAAGGAACGGAAGCGAAGUAGAGAUAGAGAAAGGAAAAAGAGCAAAAGCCGUGAAAGGAAGCGAAGUAGAAGCAAAGAAAGGAGACGGAGCCGUUCAAGAAGUCGAGAUCGCAGAUUCAGAGGCCGCUACAGAAGUCCUUACUCCGGACCAAAAUUUAACAGUGCCAUCCGAGGAAAGAUUGGGUUGCCUCAUAGCAUCAAAUUAAGCAGACGACGCUCCCGAAGCAAAAGUCCAUUCAGAAAAGACAAGAGCCCAGUGAGGGAGCCUAUUGAUAAUCUGACUCCUGAGGAAAGAGAUGCAAGGACCGUUUUCUGCAUGCAGCUGGCAGCAAGAAUUCGGCCAAGGGAUUUGGAAGAGUUUUUCUCCACAGUAGGAAAGGUUCGAGAUGUGAGGAUGAUUUCUGAUAGAAAUUCAAGACGUUCCAAAGGAAUUGCUUAUGUGGAAUUUGUCGAUGUUAGCUCAGUGCCUCUAGCAAUAGGAUUAACUGGCCAGCGGGUUUUAGGAGUGCCAAUCAUAGUACAGGCGUCACAGGCAGAAAAAAACAGAGCUGCAGCAAUGGCAAACAAUCUACAAAAGGGAAGUGCUGGACCUAUGAGGCUCUAUGUGGGCUCGUUACACUUUAACAUAACUGAAGAUAUGCUUCGGGGGAUCUUUGAGCCUUUUGGAAGGAUUGAAAGUAUCCAGCUCAUGAUGGAUAGUGAAACAGGUCGAUCCAAGGGGUACGGAUUUAUUACGUUUUCUGAUUCAGAAUGUGCCAAGAAAGCUUUGGAACAACUUAAUGGAUUUGAGCUAGCAGGAAGGCCAAUGAAAGUUGGUCAUGUUACUGAACGUACUGAUGCUUCCAGUGCUAGCUCAUUUUUGGACAGUGAUGAACUGGAAAGGACUGGAAUUGACUUGGGAACAACUGGUCGUCUCCAGUUAAUGGCUAGACUCGCAGAGGGUACAGGCUUGCAGAUCCCACCAGCAGCACAGCAGGCUUUGCAAAUGAGUGGCUCUCUGGCAUUUGGUGCUGUGGCAGAAUUCUCUUUUGUUAUAGAUUUGCAAACAAGACUUUCCCAACAGACUGAAGCUUCAGCAUUAGCUGCAGCUGCCUCUGUUCAACCUCUUGCAACACAGUGUUUCCAACUCUCUAACAUGUUUAACCCUCAAACAGAAGAAGAAGUUGGAUGGGAUACAGAGAUUAAAGAUGAUGUGAUUGAAGAAUGUAAUAAACAUGGAGGAGUUAUUCAUAUUUAUGUUGACAAAAAUUCAGCUCAGGGCAAUGUGUAUGUGAAGUGCCCAUCAAUUGCUGCAGCCAUUGCUGCUGUCAAUGCAUUGCAUGGCAGGUGGUUUGCUGGUAAAAUGAUAACAGCAGCGUAUGUACCUCUUCCAACUUACCACAACCUCUUUCCUGAUUCCAUGACAGCAACACAACUACUGGUUCCAAGUAGACGAUGAAGGAAAAUAUAGUCCCUUAUGUACAUAGCUUUUUUUUCUUUCUUGAGAAUUCAUCUUGAGUUAUCUUUUAUUUAGAUAAAAAUAAAGAGGCAAGGGUCUACUGUCA